AUGUCAGGAGCAUGUGAUGCUCUGGGGGGUGUGGCCCCUCAGGUGUUCUGUGGCAGGAACACACUCUUCAGGAUCUCUUGGAGAAAAGCUUUGCUUCCAUUUGAAGAGCUGCUGGGUUUGGACUUGCAGACGGACAUUUCUGAACUGUCCAUGACAAUGCCGGUGGUCAAAGUGGAGAAAGACUCUCCACCAGAAAACACCUUGUCUGCCUCCAACGCUCCACUGCAAGCGGAGGAGCAGCCCAGAGGACGGAGGAGGAAGAGACCUCUCCAGAGAGGGAAACCCCCGUACAGCUACAUCGCACUCAUCUCCAUGGCCAUAGCCAACUCCUCUGACCGUAAGCUGACUCUGGGGGGCAUCUACAAGUUCAUCACAGAGCGCUUCCCCUUCUACAGAGACAAUUCAAAGAAGUGGCAGAACUCCAUCCGCCAUAACUUGACUCUCAAUGAUUGCUUUAUCAAGAUCCCCAGAGAGCCGGGGCGGCCAGGGAAGGGCAACUACUGGGCCUUAGACCCGAAUGCAGAGGACAUGUUUGAGAGCGGCAGCUUCCUGAGGCGCAGGAAGAGGUUUAAGCGCUGUGACUUGAGCACUUACUCCGCAUUUGUGCACGAGACGCCAGUUUUCUCUCCUGUCCAGAUUGCCAGAUCAGCCGCGUACUCCAACUCAGUGUACAACAACAUGACAGUCAGUCCGGGCUACGGGCAGCAGCUGCAGUCUGCCUAUUACUCCUCUUCAUCCCCUCCUGGGUUUGGACCCGGUCAGACCCGCAUGUUCAGCAUCAAUAACCUCAUAGGACACCAGACUCCAUCCAGCAUGCUGGGAGGUCAAGGCCCAGAGGUGAUGCAGCAGCCCGGGCGCAGCUUCAGUCCUGAAGGACUCCCCAACGGGUCCAGUCCGUGCGGCCUGGGAGCCCCGGCUUUCCAGGGCCAACCAUGCGGAGGGGUCGCAUCACCCCGCUCCUCUACACAUCCAGGGUUUGCCUACCCUGGGCCAAACGGCCACCCACACCACCACACACACCAGGGCUCGUAUGGACAGGGCCACACCCAGGGGUAUGCAGCGACAGGACGCCUCCAUUCAGCCGCCCACGGGUCUAUGGACUCCAUGGACCAUUACGGUAGGGUCUCCCCAGUGCAGCUGGGCUCUUUCUCCCAGUAUAACAGCGCUGCAGGUCCCAUCCCCAACACUGGGGGGUACCUGAGACACCCAGCGUACCCGGGGAAUAUGGACAGGUUUGUGUCAGCUAUCUGA